AUGGAAACCACUGCUCCCCCACCUAAAGUAGUCGAAAGGAAGAUUCGUCAGCCCUCCGACUUCUCUGGGGAUUGUCUCGAAGCAAGCACCUUUCUGAACACCUGCUGGAUGUACCUCCGUGUCAACAAGGAUGCCUAUUCAGACGAUGAGGACAAGGUGAUCUUUGUCCUGUUGUUCAUGGUGGGGAGAACCGCUGCCCCUUGGAGAGAGGCAUGUGAAGAAGAUGUCUUCACGGUAGUAAACAAUGAAGAGAAGGGUUUUGGCACCUUCACUGACUUCGCUAGGGACUUCAAAGCAGCCUUUGAACCUCUCUCCCCAGUCAUGGAUUCAAUUACCAAGCUCAAGGCCCUGAAGCAGACAGGCCUAGCUAAAGACUAUAUUGCCCUCUUCCGACCUCUAGCAGCGCAUUCAGGGGUCAAGGAGUUAGAAGUCCUGUCUGACUACUUCCUGUCCAGACUAUCCUCUAGACUUGUUUGA